CAACUGAACACAAACAAUUAAUGUUUAUAUAGGUUAUGUUGUAUUUUCAAAAAGUUUUGUAAGUUGUAAGUUGUAGCUCUGGUAAGUGAUGGUGUUUUUUAAUUUUAGACUAUAUAUAAUAUAAAGAACUGCUAAAGAUAAGUAGUUUUUAUUACUCUUUAAGUGCGUGCAGUACUGUUAUGUUAUGGCUUCUCUAAAACCUCGUUUGGGUAACGGUAAAAUAAACCUGAGGGAACUUUCAAAAGACAUGUUUUUCAAGAAUGUCGUCACCUCCAGAUUAUCUCAGGGAAACGUAGAAAACUUUCCUUUUAACGAAUCUCGUUUCCGCGUAAUAUCAAAAAAAAAUAACCUCGCUAACGUUGGCAAAGGAAUUUUGUACUGGAUGAAAAGAGAUUGCAGAGUGGAAGACAACUGGGCCAUGUGUUAUUCGCAACAGUUGGCUUUAAAAAAUAAACUUCCCCUUUUUGUGUGUUUUACGAUUUUUGAGCAGCACUAUUUGUGCCCCACAAAAAGACAGCAACGUUUUUUACUAACUGGGCUGGAGCAAUUAGCGGAAAAUCUUAAAGGUUUAGAUAUUAACUUUUAUUUACUGAACGUUUCUCCAAAAUCACUCGCUAAAAUCGUUAACAAAAAUAAACUUGGGGCGGUUAUAUGCGACUUAAAUACCUUAAGAACUCCUAGAGAAUGGGAAAAAGAUUUUAUGGAUAAUUUAGAUUGCGAUAUUCCAUUUGUACAGGUAGAUGCGCACAAUGUCGUUCCUCUGUGGAAAUCUUCAGAUAAACAAGAAAUUAUGGCUAGAACCAUUCGACCUAAAAUAACUAAAGUCCUAUCAGAAUUCCUAACGGGUUUUCCAAAGAUAUCCAAACAUCCAUAUAAAGGAACACUGAAUGUUCCGUCGGAAUACUCGGUAGACUUUAAAGAUGCUCCAGCUUCGAUUAAAACUGUCUGGGAUGUAGAUGAAGUGAUCGACGUAAAAGCCGGAUGCGAUGAGGCACUGGACACGUUGCACUCUUUCCUUUGCGACCGUUUACAAAAUUACGGUAUAAAAAGUAACGAUCCCACUGCUGACGCUACAUCAAAUCUGUCGUUUUGGAUUCAUUUUGGACACAUCUCGGCCCAGAGGAUAGCUUUGGAGGUGAAAAGUUUGGAAUCUCUCUAUAAAGACCAAGUGGAUAAAUAUUUGGAAGAGCUUAUCGUCCGCAAAGAACUCGCUGAUAAUUUCUGUUUCUAUAACGAUAACUACGACCGUGUAAAAGGCGCCGCCAAGUGGGCUCAAGAAACACUAUCGCAUCAUAAAAAAGAUAAAAGACUUUACGUCUACAACAGAGAUCAAUUAGAAAAAGGCCUUACACAUGACUCCAUAUGGAACGCUGCUCAACAGCAGUUAUUGAGAGAAGGAAAGGUGCAUGGGUACAUGCGAAUGUACUGGUGUAAAAAAAUAUUGGAAUGGACAACUUCUCCUGAGCAGGCGUUGGAAUUUGCAAUCUGGUUAAACGAUACCUUUGCUUUGGACGGUACUGACUCCAACGGUUAUGUAGGGGUGAUGUGGUCAAUAUGUGGUGUUCACGAUCAGGGCUGGAAAGAAAGGGAAGUUUUUGGAAAAAUCCGCUAUAUGGUUGACUAUAGUUUGAGGAAGAAAUUCGACAUGGAUGUGUAUUGCGCCCGUUAUGGAACCCUUACUGAAUGUAUCACUGGAAAAAGACCAAUUAAACGAAAAAGAUGAUUUUUUUUUUGUUUUUAAUUAGGUAAUUUAUUAAAUAAAUGACCAUAUUUUGAA